GACGCGGGAGGGCGUUUCCGGAGCGCGCGCCGGGCGAGGGCCGCCGACGCCGGGCUCAGGUGCGCGCGCCCGCCCGCGGCCCAGGUGGCGGCCUGCAGCUCCGGGUGGCGGCCCGAGGCGGUGAGGGAGUGGCCGGCGGCGCGCUGUGCCCGCGGGGCGAGGGCCCGGACGCGGACAGGGCUCCGAGGCGGGCGGGCGCGCACUCCCGGGACGGGCGGGGAGGCUGGGGUGACGGCGGCGAGCCCCACCCCUCGGGGGGCGCUGACCGGGCUGUCCGGCAUGGCGGGGCGCCCCCGGGGCCCCAGCGCAGCCGUCGGCCCCACGCCGCCCGGCCCGCGCUAGCCCCUGGAAUUGGGCGCGGUGUCCGGCAGCCAGGCCUCGUCUCCUGCGUCGGUGGCGUCGCGGCUGGAACGCAAUGGAAGAAAAGGAGCGACGCGACCGGCUGCCCUCGGCCCUCCGGUGUUGAGGCCUGGUGGGCAUUUGCAGGGAGGAAAACACACAGCGAGAAAAAUCGGGGUUUUCGGAGAGGCGGGCGGGGGGGGGGGGUGGGCGGGGAAACCGAAAUGAGGGCUUAACAGUUUUUUAUAUGAUUUUUUAAAAAAAAUUCUGCACUUUGAUAGUGGCGGCGAAAUAAACUGAACCAAAAGUUAUUUUUCUAUUGAGAAGAGAGAAGAGGUGGACUUGGUGUUUUAUCCGUUUGCUUGCAACCUUUUCUCCCAGUGACAAAGCAGAAGUCAUGGGCCCCGGGGAGUGAGGUGGACCUCAGGAAUCCUGGGUGGACUGAGUGGGUCCAUCUUCCUCUGGAGGGGAGAGGGGUGGUGGCAGCUUUCUCCGGAACCGAAAACGAAAAACAUGAGUUGCGUGCCAUGGAAAGGAGACAAAGCCAAAUCGGAGUCGCUGGAGCUGCCCCAGGCGGCACCCGCACAGAUCUACCACGAGAAGCAGCGGCGGGAGCUCUGUGCCCUCCACGCCCUCAACAACGUCUUCCAGGACGGCCAGGCCUUCACGCGGGAGACCCUGCAGGACAUCUUCCAAAGGUUGUCCCCAAACACCAUGGUGACGCCCCACAAGAAGAGCAUGCUGGGAAAUGGCAACUACGACGUGAACGUCAUCAUGGCAGCGCUUCAGACCAAAGGCUACGAAGCCGUUUGGUGGGACAAGCGCAGGGACGUCAGUGUCAUCGCGCUCGGUAACGUCGUGGGCUUCAUCCUGAACCUGCCCUCCAGCCUGUGCUGGGGGCCGCUCAAGCUGCCCCUCAAAAGGCAGCACUAGUAAGUGGACCCCCAGGGCGCCUGUGGUUGCCCAGAGGCAGCUCGGUCUCAGGAGGCCCGAGAGCGGCCGCUGGCACAGCCGGCGUGGGGCUCAGGCCGUGGCUCCCCCGAACUCGAGUGCAUGUCCACACCAGCACUUUCUCUGCACGUGCGCCGUCUGGCCGUGUCCGAUGCCGAGUGACAAGCCACAAGCAGCCGUCGCAUUGUGCCCUCGGCCACUGCUGCGGUCCCAUCCUCCAGCAGACCUGCUUGGCACCCAGGGAGCUCCUGCCCUGCACAACAUUCCAGCCGCCGCAGCCAGAACCCCAGCCCACCCAGGCCCUGGGGUCCACUGGCGCCGGCGGCGAUAGUAAGCCAUUUCCUGGAGAGGAAACUCCUCUGCACGCCCUGCCCGGGCCUGUGUAGACAGCACCUCCCGGGAGCCCCGUGCAUGCAGAGUCCACGCGCCGAUGGGACAUGCAGACGCUUUGACUUUAGGGCCGGUUUCUCUGCUCAUGCCCGAUUCUGGUGCUUAGGAACAGGGACCCAGGCUGACGCCCAAGGGCAGGAAGCCCACUUCCUGCAGGGGAGGGAGGCCCGGCCCUGAUGCCCAGUGAGGGGCACCCCUAGGCUGGUUUUGCUUUUGUUCCCCUUUUUUGUUGGCCUUGUGCUGGGUUUGUUUACAGAAGAUGUAUUUUGUUUAACCAAAUAUUAAAAAUGGAAAACUCUGUACAUAA